AUGCCGCCCAAACCACCUGUGAAGGACACAUCCCGUUCUCCUGCUCCGCCACCGCAGCCUGCAUCCUCUUCGUCGCUUCCCAGCCUUGACUUUGCGCCAGAGGUAGAGGAGGAACGAGAGCGACAGGAGCGAACUGGCGCACGAUCGUCAAAGAAUUCGCUGUCCAGCAUCGAGCGGCGGCGGCGGAUGCUCGCACGGGCAGCUCUGGGGGUGUUUCUAGUCGGCGUGGGCGUGGAGACAUGGAUGAUGGGCCGGGAGUGGGACGAAGAGGAACUAAAGGCCAAGAGGAUGAAACCGGAGGAAGCACCAUCCACACGAUGGGGUCGUACGAAGGCCAGAUUCACUAGCUUCUUCGACUUCUUCACUGAGCCCAUCUGGCCCGAACUCCUUCCGGGACCGCAUCCUGCUAUUCCACAAAAGCCGUACACACUGCUUAUUUCUAUAGACGACCUACUGGUGACGUCAACUUGGGAUCGACAGUACGGCUGGCGAACGGCAAAACGUCCUGGCGUGGACUAUUUCCUCGGAUAUCUUUCGCAAUUCUUCGAAGUUGUGAUUUUUACGACUCAAUAUAAUUAUACAGCACAACCUAUAUUAGAUAAGCUAGAUCCGUAUCAAUUCUUCAUUUCCUACCGAUUAUACCGGGAUGCAUGCCGCUCGAUCAACGGCCAACCAGUCAAGGAUCUCACGUACCUCAACCGAGACCUAUCAAAAGUUAUCCUGCUCGAUGCGCACCCAGAGCACGUAUCUCCUAACCCAGAAAACGCUAUCAUCCUUUCCAAGUGGACAGGUGAUCCAAAAGACCGAGGACUUGUAGCCAUGAUUCCGUUCCUUGAAUCGAUAGGAAUCUUCAAGCCUCCAGACGUCCGCCCCAUACUGGAUGCCUAUCAUGGGAAGGAUAUAGCCUUGGAAUAUGCCAAGAAGGAGGCUGAGAUGAAGAGCAAGCACAUCGAGGAUUGGGAGAAAAAUAAGAAAGGCCAUCUGGCGAAUUCCUUUACUCUGAGCAGCCUCUUUGGUAGCUCGGGUCAGGCGAGUACAUCUCCUAUCCCUCCGACGUACCUUGAGCAGAAGCGACGCGAGGCUCAACUCCAAUAUAAGGAGGAACAGGCUUACAUCGCUGCAAACAAGGAAAACUUUGAGCGCCUCAUCAAAGAAGACCAAGAAGCGAUGGCACGAGAAAUGGCAGGCAGUACGUUCUGGGGUGCCAUCGAGUCGAUGGUGCUGGGUACGCCACCACCCAAGAAGGAUGGUACGGCGGCUGUUCCCGAUAGUGCCAGAGCGAGCCCGUAG